CGCUGUUGGAAGAGUUGGAAGAAAUUCUAUUUCAAUUUGUGAUUUAAAGACAGUGAUUUUGUAGCUUGACUCAGCUGCUCAGGUACAAAAACUUUACAAUCAUCGAAUUAUGGAGGCAGAAGAAGCUGUUUCACGUGGAGUUAAGCGAUCGUUAUCAGGCGAUGAAAUUGAAGAAAAUGACGAAAAGAAAAUUAAAAGUCCUCCGGAGUCAUCAGCCGAAAACGGCAAGAUACUGGUCCUGCUUGAUUUAAACGACGACUGCCUGUAUCAGAUAUUUUCAAACUUAGUACUGUAUGACCUGACAAAUGCAGCCGAUACGUGUGUUCGACUACGGGAUUGUGCAACCUAUGUUUUUGAACAUUAUCACAAGUGCUGCAUUCUUUUCGAUUACCGGACAGGUGGAGGUGUUAAUCACACCGAAGUACGAACAGCAGUACGGAUAUUCGGACCUACAACCACGAAACUUACGCUUAAUAUGCAAAUUUUCCACAAACUUUUUUCCUCGGAUUCUGCCCUGAGCAUGGUCAACCAUUAUUGCAAGAGCUUGGAUACAAUAAUCCUAAAUGGAUUAAAAUUUACAAAAUGGUUUCCUGCCAAAUACGUCGAAUAUGAUUUUGAUCCCGACAGCGAUCCCGAUAGCGAUGCUUGGAACGACAAUUAUGAUUCAGAUGACGACAGAGAUUGGAUUGUGGGCUACGUAUCGCCGAAGUUUCUCACAAAUUUGCCGCGAGUGAAAAAUGUUGUCGUUAACAAGGCAAUGUUAUUUUGUGGCGGUCGCCUGUUUGAUGAUUGGAAAGACAAUAUUUGCACCCUCACCAUGGAAGAUGUGCUGGUCGGCGAUGGCUUUCUGAAAGCACUUCGGAAUUCAUAUGUCGAAGUUAACAUGGUCAUUCGCAAUGAGACUCGACGCGGACGCGGUAAUAUCGUGCACAAUAAUUUCAGAAUUGUUGAAGCAUUGUUUACACCAAAAGGUUGCGAGAAUGCUCUAAAAACAGAAUGAUUCCAGUAUGGCAACGUAA